GGCCGGAAGACGGGGGUGCAACCCUUUGAAGUGUCCCCUCCUACUUCUUGCUGCUUCACGGUUGCUGUUGCAGACCCAGGAGUCUCCGAAGGCUUCUGCGGCUUUGGGGCCGGUUGUGAGAUGCCAGGCAGAGGCCGCUGCCCCGACUGCGGCUCCACGGAGCUGGUGGAAGACUCGCACUAUUCGCAGAGCCAGCUGGUGUGCUCCGACUGCGGCUGCGUGGUCACCGAGGGGGUCCUUACCACUACCUUCAGCGACGAGGGCAAUCUCCGAGAGGUAACAUAUUCCCGAAGCACAGGGGAAAACGAACAAGUUAGUCGCAGCCAGCAACGAGGUCUCCGGCGAGUGAGAGACCUUUGUCGAGUUCUGCAGUUGCCACCACCAUUUGAGGAUACCGCGGUUGCCUACUACCAACAGGCAUAUCGGCACUCUGGCAUCCGAGCGGCCAGGCUGCAAAAGAAGGAGGUGUUGGUUGGGUGCUGUGUCUUAAUCACCUGCCGACAGCAUAACUGGCCCCUAACAAUGGGAGCCAUCUGCACACUGUUGUAUGCAGAUUUGGAUGUGUUUUCUAGCACUUACAUGCAGAUAGUGAAGCUCCUGGGACUGGAUGUGCCAUCUCUGUGCUUGGCAGAACUGGUGAAGACCUAUUGCAGCAGCUUCAAACUGUUCCAAGCUUCACCUUCUGUGCCAGCCAAAUACGUGGAAGACAAAGAGAAGAUGCUGUCUCGAACAUUGCAGUUGGUGGAGCUGGCAAAUGAGACGUGGCUGGUGACUGGGCGGCAUCCCUUGCCCGUCAUCACUGCUGCGACUUUCCUGGCUUGGCAGUCGCUGCAGCCUGCAUAUCGGCUUUCAUGUUCCCUUGCCCGAUUUUGUAAAUUGGCAAAUGUGGACCUGCCCUACCCCGCGUCCUCCCGCCUGCAGGAGCUGCUGGCUGUGCUGCUGCGGAUGGCUGAGCAGCUGGCCUGGUUACGAGUUCUGAGACUUGACAAACGGUCUGUGGUGAAGCACAUCGGUGACCUUCUCCAGCACCGCCAGUCACUGGUCCGCUCGGCCUUUCGGGAUGGGACAGCAGAAGUGGAGACCCGAGAGAAGGAGCCACCGGGGUGGGGACAGGGGCAGGGAGAAGGGGAGGUGGGAAAUAAUUCCUUAGGUUUGCCCCAGGGGAAGCGACCGGCCAGUCCUGCCCUUCUCCUGCCACCCUGCAUGUUGAAGUCCCCAAAGCGGAUCUGCCCUGCACCCCCUGUCUCCACUGUCACUGGAGAUGAGAACAUUUCUGAUAGUGAAAUAGAACAGUAUUUGCGUACCCCUCAGGAAGUUAGGGACUUUCAGAGAGCCCAGGCUGCUAGACAGGCUGCCACAAGUGUCCCUAACCCUCCCUGAUGGAUAUCCAUUGGGAGCACUUCAUCCUGUUCUGACAGCUUGAUAACAGUCCUGUCAUAACCAAGGACGGAAGUGUACACGAGUCUGUAGGCAUUGCCUUUCUUGUUUGAAGGAACCAAGAGGGGCUCUGCCAUUAGUUGGACCCCGGGUCCUGGAGUAAAGUCCGGAGUGCAGGGAUGACUAUAGGUAGGAGAGAUUCCCAUCCCUUGGUGUGGGAGAGCAAGUUGCCUAUGGCCAUGUUCUGUGAGAUGGCUUUCCUCAUGGAUGGGAAAAUGUCAGGCUCUUUGCUGCUGGUUUGAAUUGGACACACUGCUGCGGCUCCUCCUGCAGGCCUGAGGGGGCUUCCCUCUGCUUGUGGGGCGGUUGGCAUUCCCAGCAGUAUCAACCCUCAGAGGAGCGGGAACUGGGGAAUUCCUGGCCCUACGUGCAUUCACAGGCAUUGGUGGGUUUGUGUGUAUGGUAUCAUGAGAUCCUCUACCUCAUAACAAAAGGACAGUGGGUAGACUAAGGCAGUAGCUCAAAGGGCUUUGCAGAAUUUUAAUAUAUUAAAACAAGAGGCAUCUGCUAGAAAACAUUCUAUUGUAUAAAACCCGAGUUCUUAAAAACA